AUGAAAUAUAUAACGUCUGUUGUGACGUCUAUUGCAACGUCUAUCACACUUUUUGGAUCAAUUGUGAGUGCAGCUUCCGGGAGCAAUGGAGCAUUCUUUACCAGUUUAGAGGUGUUUAAUACACUUAGUGGGGAUUUCAACUGUACAGACCCAAAUCAAUGGUUUGUAAUAAACGCAGGGUUGUAUAUUCCAGAAGGAAGUAACGAACCAAUAUAUUUGAGUGUGCCUGAUAGCUUAGGUAAUCUGCCAAAUGGAAGCUUUCCUCUUAAGGCUAAAAAUGAUGUGAUAGGAGCAAUAGAGAAUAUUGGGUCAAACAAUUUUACACUUACAUUUAAUGAUCACAUUCAACAAAAUACGACUACAAGUUUCAGUGUCUUGACGAAAUUGACUGCUGAGACUCAAGAAAAAAUUUCAAAACCACAGGUUUUGAAUUUAGAAUUUGAUGUGUCGUCUGGAGAUUCUUUCACUUCUGCCAUCAAUUUUAUUCCAAAGGAUGUGAACCAGCUAAGUACAAAUGGUGGAAUAUACGCCGAAAAUAAUACAGCUUGGUUUAUUGCUGAUCUGCCUCUAAGUGCAUUGGAUCAACCCUCAAGAUUUUCUUCAAGGCCUACUAUCAAGUCAUCUUACAAGUUCAACACUUCGUUGACAGCAUGCGAAAUGAUAUUGAAAGUUGACGACCUCAAUAGACCGCUCAAAACUGUACCCUUCACUGCCUUACAUGAUCAAUCAGACUCUUCUCAAAUUAGUAUCUAUAUCAAUACGAAUAUUGAUGGAGGUAAAUAUUUGAGGAUCAAGUAUUUUAGCGAACCACUUACAUCAAGCGCCAUCGGUAACAUGAUUUCAUUGCAGGCUACUGAUUCCGAAAAUACAAGAUUAGCAAAAAGAGACAACGCUCCGCAGACUAUAACUGCAAAUUACUAUUCAGGUAAUGAUACAGGUACUAAUGACUCUAAUGGGAGCGAUUUACAAAGUAUACAGCAGAGCCCAAUGCGUGCGAUGUACAUUAAUGCUACAUCAAGUUCUGGUGCUGACAGUUACGAAACUUAUUCUUUACUUUCCCGUACAGGAUCCGCAAUUGUUACUCAAAUCGGAACAUGGAUUCCUAUAUCCACUAUAAGAACUGAUUCGUCCCUGUCAAUUAUUACUACACCUCCCACAGCUUCACAGACAACAUCCAUAAUUUCGACACAAAAUGCACGUUUAGGUUCCUCUUCAGCUGUCAAUUCAAGUGCCACGAGCGAUGUGGAAACAGCAAGUCCUUCAUCGGCAACUUUGUCGACAGUGGCUCAAGCUUCUGCUCUAUCAACAUCUCGUUCCUCUUUCUCCAAUUCCGGUUCUUUAUAUAUUUCAGCUGCCAACUCUUCAAAAUCAACAAAUUCUCAGACCACUACUACUGCAAGGAGCUCGGUUUCAUCCUCGAGUGCAAUUUCUAACUCCACUCAGAGCUUAAAGACUUUACGGAGCACGCGCUCAGAUGAAACCAGUAGUCGUACAACAUUUGCACCAUAUUCUGCAGACUAUAACAAAUCCGAUAGCUAUCUGACUUAUUCUGUCAUUUCAUUCACAAACGAUGGAGAACUGACAUCAUUUACAAGCUGGUUCGCAAUUGCGACAGAGUCUGCUUCCUCAUCCUUUUUCACUUCCUCUUCUUUGAGCACAACUCCAUCCGUGAUAAGCACAGGAUCCAAAAAUACAGCAACUGCACCAGUGAACACCUCUUUAUCGACGAUGUACGAUUCCACUCAAGAGUAUUCGCUUAUCACAAAAACACAAGAUGGUAAAACUAUAGUAUCCACUAGCUGGUUCCCAGUUUCCACAAUCAAGAGUUCCUCUAGUUUUGUGAAACAGACCAUAGUGUCCACAAUUUCCAAAGGCGCUCAAUCGUCGGCAGAUAGUACCUAUGAGACGUAUUCACUUGUUACGAGGACCGUGUCAGGGGCGGAAGUAAUAUCAUCAGACUGGUUCCCUGUCAAUACCGUUGAAAACUCAACUAGUUUUGCUGUGCCAGUCACUUCCUCUACUGUCUCGUUGGCUGUUACAACUUCCCAAGCAAACUCUGACUACGAGACCUAUUCUUUAGUGACUAAAACAAAAUCUGGCGAAAAAACGGAACUGACAAAUUGGGCUCCAAUUUCUGCAGUUCAACCAUCCACCAAAACGGUCUCCCAGGACUCAUGCAUGAGCUGUAUAGUGACAACGGAUUCAUCCGUACCGCUGAUGAGUACGGGAACCACUCUUUCGAUUAUGGCUCAAACAGCGACUUCGCAAUUGGAUAUGUUUACUCUAUCACAAAAUUCCUCAGUUCCAGCUCUGAGUAUAUACGAGGGAGAAGCAAAAAGAACUUCAUUUGGUUUCGGGGGAAUCCUUGUUGGUUUACUGCUGCUAUUAUUUUAA